GAAAAGUGAAUCGAAAUUAGACAAGGCAUGCAUGCAGAGUGUGCGGGUCAUUCGAUAAGCAAAUUUUAUUUUAAUUUCGAAUCUCAGGAACGACAUUAUAUUAUCGCUGGCUGAUAAUGGCAUUUACACUUGGGCCCAGCGUUACCGUUUUGUGGCAAAAUUUGAUCGCAUUGAACUCAACGUUAGUACAGGAAAAUGAGGAGCAAAGAGCUGAAUUGUUGCGGACGAAUGAACUGCUACAAAAGGAGAUGGAAAAAUCAAAAAUUCUGCAGGCGAAUUAUGCCAUUCAGCAGCAGAAACUUGCCAACUUGUGUUCAAAAAUGGUAGCAGUGAGACAGAUAGUAUCGUACGAACCGAAUGUCGAUCAUACUACGAACGUCGCUGCAUCGAAUAUUCCAGUUAUAGUGAAAGUGGAGAGUGUUGAACCGGAUUCAAUGGCAACGGAAAAUAAUAACACGAAUUCGGUGCCGCUCCGAAUCAACGUAUGCAAUGAAUGUGACAAGAAGUUCUGCUCAAGUUACUCAUUGAAGAGACAUAUGGCGUUACAUUUAAAUCCAGAAUACUCUUGCCCAAGAUGCUGCCGCAAAUUUUCCCGAAAAGAUUACGUGAAAAGACACAUCAAGCGAGAUCACUGCACUGAUGGAGUGCAUGCUUCAUCGCAAUCGAAUAUUACAGCUAAAGGCGCCAGAACCACUCGUUCGAAUCCAAUUUUGUAAGAAUUAUUAUUGAACUUGUAAUGCAUUCGGAUGUAGUUACAAAGUUUGAAUCGAGAUUUAAUAUUUGAUUUCUGAAU